CUGAUACAGCUCUGUUUUCUGCUGCGUCUUACUGACCUUCUGUGAGGAUGGAGAACAGCCGGGACCAAGUUCAGAACAAACCUAUUCGCCUCAUGGUAGCAGCUUGUAACGAGAUGGGAAUAGCAAAAGAUGGAAAAUUGCCUUGGAAUUUACCGUCUGAAUUCAAAUACUUUCUGGACACCAUCACAAGAGUGUCAAGACCAGGAAACAUGAAUGUGUUGAUCUGGGGAAGACGGUGCUGGAUCUCCCACCCACAAGAUACUUUCCCACUGGCCAAUUCGUUGCAUGUGGUGCUGAGCAAAACACUGAGCACAGUGCCGGAUCACGCUCACUUUUUGUGCCGAGACUUUGAUAGUGCUGUCCGCCUGGCGUCAGAGCCCCCCCUCGCUGGCAUAAUAGAGACCAUCUGGAUUAUUGGUGGGACGCAGGUCUUUGAGGACUCGUUGAAACACCCGUGGUGUGACCUUAUUUACCUGACAGACGUCAUGGCCGACUUUGACUGUGACGUUUUCUUCCCUCAGUUUGACAGAGAACUAUUCAAAGUUCAGGAAAGUUUUCCUGAUGUUCCGACUGAAAUUCAAGAGGAGAAUGGGAUCAAGUUCAAAUGUCAAGUAUUCAAGAAAGUGACUGCUGAGGACCCAUAAUUAAAAAAAAAAAGUAUUCAAAAGUAUUUGAUGCAUACACUCCUGGCUGCACUGUAGACAACGUUCAAAAACACAUCUGUACUGUUAUCGUUUUCCAUAAUCAAGGAAACGCUAAGUCUUGUUAGGACUCUUACAAUCUCUCAACCAUCCCUUUGCAAGUUCACAUUUUUAAAAAAAAGAAACGUUUUUAAAUGUAUUUUCAUUUUAUUAAUCAAACAUAUGAAUCUGUAUGGAGCCAAAUCAGGGCCAAAAGUUUUGCUAAUUUGAAAAUAAA